AUGAAGAUCAGAACUUCAAAAGAAUUGGAAGAAUGGUCCUUUUCUGUCAACAAUUCUGGUAAUAGUAACGAUAUUUCAAUUAAAGUUGAAGAAGAAUCAGAUGCUACAAUUGUAUUAGAUGAUGACGAGGAAGUGGAAUGUUUAAAAGAAGAAGUUAUAGAGGAGGAAGAUUUACAAAAAGAAAAUUUAAAGGAAAAUAAUUGUAGUUUAAAAUGUAAAGUAAAAAAUGUUGAAGAAAGAAUUAAGGCUUUGGAAGUAAGUAAAUAGCUGUAGUUUAGUAUACCGGAGGAAAGGUUUUGAUAUAAGAC